UUGAUAGAAGGUAAUGGCGAGUUCUUAUGAAUCGACGCCAGAGACAACAAACGCAAACAGAGCAUGUCGAGUUGUACUCGGUCCCUGCACGGAUGGUCUACGUGACUUAUUGCGUCACUACGUCCCACCACACUCAUUUCAUCAUGUCAUUAAACAAAACAAGCUUAAUCUUCCUCGACUUAACAGCGAUCAGCGAGACCUCAUCUUACCACGAACUGGGAACUAUACUGGAAACUAUGGUGAUAUGGACAUUUCAUUACUGUAUAUCUUAUUGAGGAAUAUAUCUAGCAUACCACCACACUCCAAUGACUGGGGUAACGAUCCUGACCCUAGCGACAAGAGCAUCUCUGCCAACAUUGAGAGGAUUCGAUUGGUUCGGAAUCGUUGUGUUCACUCAUCUGAUCCAUCCAUGUCCAUCUCAGACUUUAAUUCCAUUUGGUCCACCAUUAGGUCUGCAAUGGUAGAUCUGGAUGCCUUCCUCAUGAAUGGAAACAAAUAUGAAAAAGGGGUGGAUUUCCUACAUAGCGAGUCGAUGGACCCUGAAAAUGACCUACAUUAUGAAGAAGAACUGAAGAAGCAGGUGGAGGAAGAUAAGACGACCAGGAAAAUGAUGGUCAGCCUUAAAGGUAUGGCAAUAUUAUGCAAUAUCAGUUUUGAUUUUUGUAAGAGUAUUACUAGGAAGUUUGAUGAAACUGCAGAGGAAAUAAAGAAGUUGCAUGGUAAAGUAGUGAAACUAACUGAGUCCCCCAUCCCACCAAAUGUGAGAGAGCAAUACGAUAUUGAGGUUCAGAGAUGGAGAGAGGAAGACAAGCUUUACUAUGAAACCCACAGCUUCCCGUCGGUGAUGCAGAAAGUGCGAAACCAACCAUACGUAACAUUUGUUGGUGUACCUGGGUCUGGGAAGUCUGCCACGGCUCACCACAUCGCCCUCAAGCUCCAGGAAGAAGGUUACGAGGUUGUACCAACCAAAGACAUCAGGAAGAUGGAGGACUAUGGUGACCCCAGGAAUCCGCAGGUUUUUGUUAUUGAUGAUGUGGUGGGUGUCUUUGGUCUCCACAAAACUAAUUUAGAUGUGUUGACUAAUUAUGAAAAGAAAAUAACACAGCCUUGCAUGGAUAAGUCUAGAACUUUGAUGACAUGUAGAGAGGCUGUGUUCAAUGAGACACUGUCUUACAAACCAUUCCUUACCAAAGAUGAGAAUGUGAUUAAGUUACACAGUUCUUACAAUGCAUUAGAUGACAAAGACAAAAAUCAGAUACUCAAGAAGUAUGGUUUAAAGAAAAAUCUAAUAUCGCCUGAAUUGCUGAAAUCAACAUCUCACAUGUUUCCCCUUCUCUGUAAAUUAUUUUCAAAGGAAACAAAAUUCAAAGCUCUUGGUCCAACGUUUUUCCUGAAUCCAGUCCAAUGUAUCAUUGAUGAACUUGAUGAUAUGCAAAGACAUAACAAACUGAAUUAUGCAACACUUGUUUUGUGUAUGUUAAAUGAAAACAGCAUCUCUAAAGACAUUUUAAAAGAUAAAAAAAAUGAACAUUUCAUGAAGAUGAAAUAUGAUACUUUGGAAAAUUGUGAAUUAGAAAACCAAACUGAUGCAUUCAAGUUUGUGAAAGUCUUGUCAGCAAUGGAGGGGACAUACACAAAACAUUGUGGUGCACAAUACACAUUUAUGCAUGACUCCAUGUUUGAAAUAUGUGCUCAUCAGUAUGGCAAACAGUUUCCUGAACAAAUGUUGUUGUAUAUGAGUAGUAGUUAUAUUGCUAAUUAUAUCAAACCCCAGACAAGUGAACCAGGUAUUGUUAACAAAAUGAAAGAGAAACAGAGUGAUUCUCAAUCUAGUAAGGGGGGUGAGAGUAGCAAUAAUAGUGAAGGAAAAGAGAAGGAGAGCGAUGAUAAAAACAAUGAGAGAGGGGAAUCGUUUGAUCUGUGUAUAAGGUUACGCAAGGAUCAGUAUCCACUUUUAGCAGAUAGAUUGUACAGAGACAUACAGAACAUGGAGCUGUAUGAUGUUUUCGGAAAUCAGGUUUUAAAACACCCUCAGGUGUGUCGGACAUUUAUUGAUGUGCUAGAAACAAAGUCAUACACAGAUUUAAAAUCCUUAUUUCUGUCCAGUCAGGGAAAGGUAGAUAAGAUAGUGAGUAAACGAGGGUGUGUGGAGAAGGAGAUGCUGUUGGAUCAGAGGCGAAAACUAGUUAAUAAGGGGAAAAUAUUUUGGAAUGAAUACACUUACAAUGUGAGAGUGAUCAGCUGGGUGAUUUACUAUGGACAUAAUCAGAUAACAGAGUACAUAGUACAACAGACUGAACAGCACAAUGGAAUAAGUGAAUUAUUUGAGAUAACAGGAAAUUCUUCACAUCAGUCAAAUUCAGGGAUAGAUACAUGUAUUAAACAGGAAAGUGAAAACAAUAGGUUAAUAGAAGAGUACAGAUUACUUCUGUUGAGUUGUUAUAGUGGUGAUGUACAGACAGUCAGACUUCUAAUACCUGUCCGUAAGAAAGCAAUCAAUGGGAUAGAUCUGAUCAGUCAGGAUAUGGUCUGGUGUGUCCCUUCACCUCUUAGUGCUGCCUGUUAUGCAGGAUAUGUGAGUGUGGUGGGGGAGCUGGUGAAGGCGGGGGCUGAUUUUGGACAUGUGAAUGUGGUGGGGGAGCUGGUGAAGGCGGGGGCUGAUAUCAAUCUACAGGAUAGAUACGAGAAUACACCACUAACAGCCGCAAGUAACAGAGGACAUGCGAGUGUGGUGGGGGAGCUGGUAAAGGCAGGGGCUGAUAUCAAUCUACAGGGUAAAGACGGGAAUACACCACUAACAGCUGCAUGUGAGAGAGGACAUGUGAAUGUAGUGUGGGAGCUGGUGAAGGCAGGGGCUGAUAUCAAUCUACAUAAUAAAUACGGGGAUACACCAUUGAAAGUUGCGUGUAACAGAAGACAUGUGAGUGUUAUGUGGGAACUGGUGAAGGCUGGGGCUGAUAUCAAUUUACAGGAUAAAUGCGGGAAUACACCACUAACAGCUGCAUGUUACUUUGGAUAUGUGAGUGUGGUGGGGGAGCUGGUGAAGGCGGGGGCUAAUAUCAAUCUACAGAAUAAAUACGGGGAUACGCCUCUGACAGCCGCAAUUACGAGAGGACAUGUGAAUGUGGUGGGUGAGCUGGUGAAGGCGGGAGCUGAUGUAAAUCUCGAGAUUAAAGACGAGAAUAUAGCACUGAAAACUGCAAGUGAGGGAGGACAUAAUAAUGUCAGGGAUACACCGCUGAUAGCUGCAUGUAGGAGAGGACAUCUGGGUGUGGUGGAGGAGCUGGUGAAGGCGGGAGUUGAUGUCAAUCUACAGAAUAAAUACGGGAAUACACCACUGACAGCUGCAUGUCAUGGAGGAUAUGUGAGUGUGGUGGGAGAGCUGAUGAAUGCGGAGGCUGAUGCCAAUCUACAUAAUGAAUACGGGAUUAGGCGACUGAAAACUGCACGUGUUUUAGGACAUGUGAGUGUGGUGGGUGAGGUGGUGAAUGUGGUGACUCAUAUCGGUCUACAGAAAAAAUAUGGGAAUACACCGCUGACAGCUGCCUGUGAGGAAGGACAUGUGAGUGUGGUGGGGGAACUCUUGAGGGCCGGGGCUGAUGUCAAUCUUCAGGAUAAAUACAGCGCUACACCACUAAUAGCUGCAUGUAAGCUAGGACAUGUGAGUGUGAUGGGGGCGCUGGUGAAGGCAGGGGCUGAUGUAAAUCUACAGAAUGAAUACGGGAAUGCACCACUGACAACUGCAUGUUUGUUCGGAGAUGUGAGUGUGGUGGGGGAGCUGGUAAAGGUUGGGGCUGAUAUCAAUCUACAGGAUAAAUACGGGAAUACACCAUUGACAGCUGCAUGUAAGAGGGGGCAUGUGAGUGUGGUGGGGGAGCUGGUGAAGGCUGGGGCUGAUAUCAAUCUACAGGAUAAAUACGGGAAUACACCACUGACAGUUGCAUGUAACACAGGAUAUGUGAGUGUCGUGGGGGAGCUGGUGCAGGCAGGGGCUGAUAUCAAUCUACAGGAUAAAUACGGGAAUGUACCACUGAUAAUUGCAUGUUUGUUCGGAGAUGAGAGUGUGGUGGGGCAGCUGGUGAAGGCGGGGGCUGAUAUCAAUCUACAGGAUAAACACAGGGCUACACCACUAAUAGCUGCAUGUAAGUUAGGACAUGUGAGUUUGGUGGGGGAGCUGGUGAAGGCGGGGGCUGAUAUCAAUCUACAGAAUGAAUACGGGUAUACACCACUGACAGCUACAUGUAAGAGAGGACAUGUGAGUGUUGUGGGGGAGCUGGUGAAGGCGGGGGCUGAUAUCAAUCUACAGGAUAAAUACGGGAAUACACCAUUGAUAGCUACAUGUGAGGGAGGACAUGUGAGUGUUUUGGAGGAGCUGGUGAAGGCGGGGGCUGAUGUCAAUCUACAGGAUAAAUACGGGAAUACACCACUGACAGCUGCAUGUAACUUAAGACAUGUGAGUGUGGUGGAGGAGCUGGUGAAGGCGGGGGCUGAUGUCAAUCUACAGGAUAAAUACGGGAAUACACCACUGAUAGCUUCAUGUUUUUUCGGACAUGUGAGUGUUUUGGGGGAGCUGGUGAAGGCGGGGGCUGAUACCGAUAUACAGAAUAAUGACGGGGAUACACCACUGAUAGCGGCAUUUAAGAAAGGACAUGUGAAUAUAUUGGAGGAGCUGGUGAAGGCGGAGGCUGAUGUAAAUAUACAGGUUAAAGACAAGAAUACACCACUGACAGUUGCAUUCGAGGGAGGACAUGUGAGUGUGGUGGAGGAGCUGGUGAAGGCGAAGGCUGAUAAUAAUGCCAAGGAUAGACCACUGAUAGCUGCAUGUAAGAGAGGACAUCUGAAUGUGGUGGAGGAGUUAGUGAAGGCGGGGGCUGAUGUCAAUCUACAGGAUAAAUACGGGAAUACACCACUGACAGCUUCAUGCCUUUUAGGACAUGUGAGUGUCGUGAGGGAGUUGGUAAAGGCGGGGGCUGAUACCAAUAUACAGAAUAAUGACGGGGAUACACCACUGAUAGUGGCAUGUAAGAGAGGACAUGUGAGUAUAUUGAAGGAACUGGUGAAGGCGAAGACUGAUGUAAAUCUACAGGCUAAAGAUGGGAAUUCACCACUGACAGUUGCAUGCGAGGUAGGACAUGUGAGUUUGGUGGAAGAGCUAGUAAAGGAGGGGGCUGAUAUCAAUCUACAGAAUAAUGCCAGGGAUACACCACUGAUAGUUGCCUGUAAGAGAGGACAUCUAAGUGUGGUGGAGGAGCUGGUGAAGGCGGGAGUUGAUGUCAAUCUACAGAAUAAAUACGGGAAUACACCACUGGCAGCUGCAUGUCAUGGAGGACAUCUGAGUGUUGUGGGGGAGCUGGUGAAGGCGGAGGCUGAUGUAAAUCUACAGAAUCAAUUCGGGAAUGCACCACUAACAACUGCAUGUGUGUUAGGACAUGUGAGUGUGAUGGGUGAGCUGGUUAACGCGGGAUCUGAUAUCAAUCUACAGGAUAGAUACGGGAAUACACCACUGACAGCUGCAUGUAAGGGAGGACAUGUGAGUGUUGUGAGAGAGCUGGUGAAGGCGGGGGCUAAUGUCAAUCUACAGGAUCGUUACAGGGAUACACCACUAAUAGCUGCAUGUAAGCUAGGACAUGUGAGUGUGAUGGGGGAGCUGGUGAAGGCGGGGGCUGAUGUUAAUUUACAAAAUGAUUACGGGAAUGCACCACUGACAACUGCAUGUUUGUUCGGAGUUGUGAGUGUGGUGGGGGAGCUGGUGAAGGCUGGGGCUGAUAUCAAUCUACAGGAUAAAUGCAGGAAUACACCACUGACAGCUGCAUGUAAGAGAGGACAUGUGGGUGUGGUGGGAGAGCUGGUGAAGGCGGAGGCUGAUGUAAAUCUACAGAAUGAAUAUGGGAAUACACCACUAACAGCUGCAUGUGAGGGAGGACAUGUAAGUGUGGUGGGGGAGCUGGUGCAGGCGGGGGCUGAUGUCAAUUUACAGGAUAAACACAGGGUUACACCACUGACAACUGCAUGUAACUUAGGACAUGUAAGUGUGGUGGGGGAGCUGGUGAAAGCGGGGGCUGAUGUCAAUCUAGAGGAUAAAUGCGGUAAUACACCUCUGACAGCUUCAUGUCUUUUAGGACAUGUGAGUGCGGUGGGGGAGGUAGUGAAGGCGGGGGCUGAUACCAAUAUACAGGAUAAAUUUGGGAAUACACCACUGACAACUGCCUGUAAGAUAGGAUAUGUAAGUGUGGUGCGGGAGCUGGUGAAAGCGGGGGCUGAUGUCAAUCUAGAGGAUGAAUACGGGAAUACACCUCUGACGGCUUCAUGUCUUUUAGGACAUGUGAGUGCGGUGGGGGAGCUGGUGAAGGCGAGGGCUGAUACCAAUAUACGGGAUAAAUUUGGGAAUACGCCACUGACAACUGCAUGUAAGAGAGGACAUGUGAGUGUGGUGGGGGAGCUGGUGAAGGCGGGGGCUGAUGUCAAUCUACAGAAUAAUGACAGGGAUACACCACUGGUAGCUGCAUGUAAGAGAGGACAUGUGAGUAUAUUGGAGGAACUGGUGAAGGCGAAGGCUGAUGUAAAUCUACAGGUUGAAGACGGGGAUACACCACUGACAGUUGCAUGCGAGGGAGGACAUGUGAGUGUGGUGGAGGAGCUAGUGAAGGCGAAGGCUGAUAUCAACAUACAGAAUAAUUAUGAGGAUACACCACUGAUAGCUGCAUAUAGGAGAGGACAUACGAGUAUAGUAGAAAAGCUGGUGAAGGUGAUGAGUUAUAUCAAUAUACAGGAUAAUGACAUGAACACAUAGUAAGAAACGGUUCCUUACCAACAGUGGAAUGACUAAUACAUCAUGGAGCUAACCUGGUUACUCAGGUUGGUGAUGGCAAUGUGUCAGCAAUAUAUACUGAACAAACCAGACAUAAUGAUAUAUCUCAUACAGGAACAAAAUAAAAUCAUUUGAGGUAGAUUGAAUGACAAUUUACACAUAUUUACAGUCCCUCAAACGUUCUGCUUUACCAUUUUUCCAUUCGCUCUCCGGGCGUUCACUUUGUACUCUCCGUGCGUUCACCGUGCGCUCUCCGUUUACAGUGUUGCACUCAUUUGGAACAUCAAAGUGAAAGCAUCUUACGACCUUUGAGCAGUUAGGGUUCCUUAGCGUUCCACACCUACUGCGACACGGGGCAUCCGUUUUAAGGUCAUCUCCGAGGACCCGUGACGUUCACACCUGAUGUCGAGCGUUUGGCGAUGGAGCUGUCACUACCUGUUUUAACGACUUAAGUAUGUCGCGGCCGGGAUUCGGGCCCAGCCUCCCGCAUGCAGGGCGAACGCUAUAAUUUUAUUCAGUGAAUAAGAUAAAAAAAAAAAAUUGGUAAACUUUUGAUGCUGUAAAAGUUUUGAUUUUCUAUAGAUAAUCAAUUAUUUAUAAGUCUAAAAAUAUUGUCAAGGGCAAUAACUCUACUGCAUGUCUAUGACACAAUGAUUCCCCUAAUAUCCACAAUUAAUUUUUAUAUAUCUAUGAAUUAUCAGUUUUCUUACACUGUUGACAAUUAAAAAUUUUCAUUUCAACAAGUUUUUAUUAAUUUUCAUCAUUCUGUAUAACUAAAAUGUGUGUUUUUUUAUAUUGAUAUGUAUUUCUGUUUUUCUAUGUCUGACAUCCUUAGAAGGGUGGCAACAUCCACAUUUUUUAUGGUUAUUGAUUAGAUUAAACUAUAUUGAGUGGAUAUUAAUACAGUUUUUCCACUUUUAACCAUUAAUAUUGAUAAGUCAAAUGAGGAUCGACCCACCUUAAGCAUUUUGAAGUUACGGUAAAAGCACAAUUUAUUAUCUCGUCUCACUUGACAAACAUUUUAGCUAUACAAGUCAAUUUUUUACACCCCCUCUAACUUUAAAAAAAAAGCUUGAUGCUACAUUUCGAUACACAUUCGUGCCCGAAAAUCAAACUAAUUUCACAAGUCUUUCUGAUUAUUUAGGCCUAUAUUUAUGAAAGACAUUGUCAAUAAAUGUAUUUCCUCCUUUUCCAAAAUUUGAAACGCCUCGAAUAUUAAGAUGGAAUUUUUCUCGUACAUAAUUUCUGCCCCACAUAUAACAUACGUGUACUUUAGUACAAUAACCAAUUUUAACCGCAUAAAAACAUACAAAUAUUGCACAUUCUAAAUUUAAUUCAUGGUCACAUUAUUUGUUUUGUACGUAUAUUGAGCUAUAUGUUUAUCUGCACUAAAUGUCCGUUCUAUGUUGGACCGAACUGUCACUAUAUCUUUGUUUAGACUGAACAUACACAUGUAUUCAAAACAAACAUGUAGA